AUGACUAAUAAUUCUUAUGUAUUAAUUUUUCUAACUGUGGAAUCAGAUAUAGGAUUUAAACCAUUAACAUUUCCUAACUUCCUAAUUUUUAUUUGCAGUAACAUGUCUUUUAAGUUUGCUAUCGUCGAGUUUAUAAGUAAUCAUAGUGUAGCCACUAUUCCAGUGUCAUGGUUUGUUUCAGAAGAGGAAGAAGAGUGCUUCUUUCCUUCUAAAGUAAGCAGAAAUACAAUUAAAAAGCUUGUUAGUGAUCAGUGUGAGUCAUUGGUAACUUGGCCAAAGUUUUUUGUUAGAGUUCUGGGAAGAGAAGCAACUUAUGAAAGGGCUGAAGAAAAGGUAACAAAAGCCUUGAGUCAAUCAGACAUUGGCACAACUAACCAAGAUGCUCCAGUGCGCAAACAAACCUUAAAGACGAAUAAACAUGGGUAA